CUUACAGUACCAUUUAUCUAUUCAAUACUCUCUCUGUGUGGACAAUUAAUAUAUUCGAACUUAGCAAAGCCACUUCCUACUGCUUGCAGUGACUACUACUGCCUUUCCCUGUCCUCUAUCACUCACCUUCUCAAGGGAACGCUGACACAUCAUCGGACGCCUUGUGCACAAUCAGUCCUGCUCGAGCACACGACUCCUAAACACCUCUCUUCGAGGACACAAUAUCCUCCCGGCAUGGCCAAAAAAUCAGCAAAAAACCUCACAGUCCGCAAUGCUAGCCGGCUAAAACAGACACAUCUCAUCACGGCUGCCAUAAAUAUAGUCUUCCUCCUCCUACGCUUUACCCUCCGACGAUCGUUGUCCCUCAAACGAUAUAUCCUGUUCUCCUUACCAGGACUGAUCAUCGAGUUCUAUCUUGACCGUGCAGCGAAACCUACCUAUGGCCCUGAUGGAACAAUACGCAGUGGAGGAGAAGACCUUGAUGCGCAAGGUCUGACUGAAUUCAUGUGGGAUAUUCUCUAUUGGACAUGGAUAAAUCUAAUUCUGGUCAUAAUCUUUGGAAAUCGGGCAUGGUGGUUAUACUUGAUUGUCCCAGCUUACGCCAUUUACGCUGCCGUUACCACCGCGAGCGGACUGAAAGGCAUGUUGGGUGGCAUGGCUGGCGGUGGUGGAGAGGGAGCCAGCAUGGCGCAGAGUAAGAGACAGGCCAAGAUGGAGAAGAGGGGAGGUCAACGUGUUGCAUAUCGUUGACGAGAUUGUCCAUUGUUCAAUGAGUGCAACAUGCAGAAUGAAUAGAUGGAAUCUUAAUACAUUUGAG